AUGCCCAGGGCGGCGACAAACAGACCAAAGAGAAUUGUCGUUGGGAUUACUGCCAUUCUACGCCAACUGGGUAUCGAGACUCAUCUUAUUAUGAGUAAAUGGGCGUUAGCUACUAUGAAAUACGAAACCUCUAUAUCUGAGGCCGAGCUUCGAGGCCUUGCCACCAGACCCUAUACCGCAAAGGACCUCCCGGCGCCUAUUGCAUCAGGUUCGUUCCAGCAUGAUGGAAUGAUGAUUGUUCCCUGCAGGAUGAAAACACUUGCUGCUAUAUGGUCGGGCUAUUGCGACGAUCUGAUAUCUAGAACGGCUGACCUUACUCUGAAAGAAGACCAAAACUUAAUAUUUCUGCGCCAAGCCAAUGCCACCAUCUUCCUUCCUGUUCCAGCUUUCUAUAAUCGACCUAAAAGUAUCGAAGACAUGGUACAUCAGAGCGCCGGAAGGAUGUUAGACUUGAUGGGAAUAUUUACAGAUGGCUUUGAGUGA